AUGUAUAGUUUAUUCACAUGGCUUCUUUUGGCUUCGAAGAUUCUUUGCUUUUCAUGCGAGAUAGUUUCCACAGACCACUCAAAAAGUAUUGUAAGAUAUACAAGUACACAUCCAGCCCCGCACUUUCUUGCAGUCGAGUAUCCCCUGAAUGUGGUGCCGCACCUGAUAUCUUUACCUGUGUAUAGGGUUAUUGAGGAGAAGUCAUCGACUAUUGUUAUUUUCCGCCUGGAAGGUAAAAGUGUACUGGACGUUCUCUGUGAGAAGAAUCUGUGUAGGGUCUGGGAAUGCUCUCCUUACAUAGAAGAAGGUGUUGAGAUAAAGGCUGUGGGGGUUAUUGGAAACAGAGUUGUUUGGAAGAAUAGUGUUGUGGAUUGGAUAGUGGUUCCGGACUUUACCAUGCAGUUUGUGGCAUUCAAUAGCUUUGGAAUACUCCUUACCCUGAUAAUGAAAGUAUACUGCAAUCCAGAGAAUGUUUUCAGGAAGUCAAGAAAAAAUACUAAGAAUUAA